AUGUCGAAUGAACGUGAACUUGAAUCAGUUCAUCAACGUGAUGAAAUUCUUCAUGAAACCAUGGCUCUCACGACGAAUGUUGUUCAAUCUCUUGAACAACAACAAAAACUUGCAUUUGAUACACAAGAAAAUUUACACAAUCAAAAUUUUUUAUUAUCAUUAGCUAAUGAUAAAAUGCGUUUGAUGAAUCAAGAUUUAACAUCUGUUGUUAAUGAAAUGAAUGAGAUCGAUACGAAACAUGGUUGCUUAUGUUUUACUCCAAGAAAACAUAAGAGAAAAAAGGUUGAACGACCGAUUGAUUCAAAACCAAUAAUUAUAUCGAAUACAGAUGGAAAACCAUCAGAAACAAAUAAAAACACGUCCACUAUACCACAAAUAAUUGAUCAUAAUGAGCAAGAAAAAAUAAUUGCAAAUGAAUUAAAUCAGAUGAGAAAGCAAUUAGUGAUUUUUCAAGAUCAAAUUAAAACUAUAAACAAGUCAUUUGAAGAAGGUGAUGAUAUUAUUCAACAACUUGGCAAUGAAACAAAUCAAUAUAUGUAUGCUAUUACUACUGCAUUGAAUAAAGCUGAACAAAUACUUGGCAGAAAAUUUGUCGUCGCUCAACAACAACAACAUCAACAGGCUAUAGCACGCGAACGAAAACAAGAAUUCGAUACAUUAAAUAAGCCUACUUAA